GUUGUUUCCUGGUUACGGCGCAGCGAAGGCUGCGCGUUGCAUUGUGGGCACACAAACACAGCGGACCCACGGGGAGCACAAAGGAACGAAAAGAGCAGCGCCGAAACUUUCAGCAGCGCCUCACUGGAAUGGGAAUUGAUGUGAGCGGUGGAUAAAGUGUGAGCAGCCUGGCAAGCAGGCGGACGAGUGCCGGAGGAGCGCAGGGGAAUGUGGCUGCUUUUUGUCGGCUGAGAUGUUCGCGUCCAGAGGCCUAGCCGUCAGCACAGGCCUGAGCCCGGCAGGACACAUUUCCAGUGUGCAGUCAGAAGCUGUUUCCAUCAUGGGAGUCAAAACCUUCACCCACAACUCGUCCUCCCACAGUCAGGAGAUGCUGGAGAAGCUCAACGCUUUGCGCAAUGAGGGUCACUUAUGUGAUGUCACCAUUCGGGUCCAGGACAAACUCUUCCUGGCCCACAAAGUGGUCCUCGCAUGCUGCAGUGAAUUCUUCCGAUCGAAAUUGCUCAGCCGGCCGGAGGAGGAGGACAAGUUUGUGUUGGACUUGCAUCAUGUGACAGUCAGUGGCUUUGCUCCUUUGUUGGAAUAUGCCUACACAUCCACUCUCUCCAUUAGCACCGAGAACAUCAUUGACGUGCUGGCGGCUGCAAGUUACAUGCAGAUGUUUGCUGUGGCGAGCACGUGUUCAGAGUUCAUGAAGUCCAGUAUCCUGUGGAGUCCGGGUAACGACAACAAUGGUGGCAAUAUGAUGACAGAUAAGCCGCAUGAAUCUGCACCAGAGAGCGCAUCAUCCAACUGUACCCUGACGCCACUGGAUGGCAGUGUGUCACCCGUGUCCUCUGACUGCAGCGUGAUGGAGAGAAACGUUCCCAUAUGCCGCGAAUCGAGACGUAAGCGGAAAAGCUUUGUAACUGUGGCAUCACCUGAGAGUCCGCUCAAAUGCACUACACAGAUGGUAACCACCUCCCCUCAGAUCCCCAACCCAUCGCCUUCAUUCUCAGACAAUGCGGCCCAGCCUGUGGAGUCCUCCCUGGCCUUCCCGUGGACUUUCCCAUUCGGUAUCGACCGCAGAUUCCACUCGGAUAAGUCGAAGCCCCCAGAGAGCCCCCGUUGCCUUGAUCAGGGUGCGACAGGGACCUCUGAGGUGGUGGUUGGACGGCGGAUUAGUGACUUCCUCACGUGUGAGAGCUCCAAAGCUGUGCCGUCACCAGUGCCAGUAGAGGAAGAAGAUGUGAGAGUGAAGGUGGAGCGUCUCAGUGAUGAGGAAGUUCAAGAAUCAUCCUCCCAGCCAGUCAGUGCCUCCCAGAGCUCGCUGAGCGACCAGCAGACAGUCCCAGGCAGCGAGCAGGUCCAGGAGGAGCUCCUUAUCAGUCCACAGUCCUCCUCAAUAGGAUCAAUGGAUGAGGGCGUGUCUGAGGGCUUGCCAUCAAUGCAGAGCACUUCUAAUCCAGGAGGACAUGGGGAAGAUGACGAGAGGUUGGAAGGUAUUCAGUAUCCAUACCACCUCUAUAUCAGCCCUUCAGCCCGGCCCGGCUCCAAUGGGCCAGACAGGCCCUUUCAGUGUCCAACCUGCGGAGUGCGAUUCACACGCAUUCAAAACCUGAAGCAGCACAUGCUUAUACACUCCGGCAUUAAGCCUUUCCAGUGUGACCGCUGUGGGAAAAAGUUCACACGGGCCUACUCCCUAAAGAUGCAUCGGCUGAAGCACGAAGGUAAACGCUGUUUCCGGUGCCAGAUUUGUAGCGCCACAUUCACGUCCUUCGGUGAAUAUAAGCACCACAUGAGGGUCUCCCGACACAUAAUCCGCAAGCCGCGGAUUUAUGAGUGCAAAACGUGCGGCGCCAUGUUCACCAACUCUGGCAAUUUAAUUGUACACCUGAGGAGUCUGAACCAUGAGGCAUCCGAACUAGCAAACUACUUCCAGAGCAGUGAUUUCCUCGUGCCCGACUACCUGAGCCAGGUACAGGAGGAGGAGGAGGCACUGGGAGUCCGGUACGAGCUGGAGGAGUCCCAUCAUCACCCCGUCUACUCGGGAAGCACUUCCACCGCCACGGCCGCCUCAUCCUCCUCCGCAGUCCAGAUGCCCGUCAUCUCCCAGGUCUCCUCCUCGACCCAGAAUUAUGAAAGUUCCUCUGGCUUCCUUUCACCCGAGCCCUUGGAUCCCCUGGAAUCCCAGGCCUCCCUCAAGUUGGGCGCCAACGAGGCCGCAGCCGUCACGGGAGAGACCAAGCUGGAUAGUAGUGUGGGUGGCAGUUCUCCAGAAGGGUUUGAAGACCAGCAGCAGCAUGUCCAGGCCAAGGAGCUGGCUUCUAUUAUCAAGUGAUUACACUUGACUGCUCAAGUGACUGCUCCUGACUGCUCAUCACAUCUUGUUUUGCAGUCACGUCAUAUGGGAAUAUCUGAAGGGACUCGAUGGCUAAACUGGAUGACAUGGACACAGUCGGAUCUUGAGACUUGAUUUGAGGUUGUGAAGAUUCUACAGCUAAAGCUUUCUUAAUUCUUUUUUUUUUUUUUUGAGAGUUCAGAUACUUUUCACACAGGACACAAAGGAAAGAAGAGCAAACUCGCUGCAGAUGGCGUUUUUCCACAAAACCGGAAAUUUGAGUGUCACCAUAGAAGGACCAAUCCAGCAAAUGUCAUUUUGAGAAUUGUAAAUGAAAAUAUCUUCAGGGUAAAUCUGUCGAUGAAGGUUCUCAGUCAUCAAGGUAGAAAACAUCAAGAAGUUUGUAGACUCACUGUACUUCUUGAAGAAGUCACCUGGAUGACUGACAAGAAGUCCAGGUGCUGUCCAGUGAACUUCUUGAUGCUUUAAGGAGAACAGUUUUUUUUUUUUUUCCUUGAAAUCAGCUGUUAUUACUGGUGUGAUAUUUCAGGUCAGAAAAUUGGUGUCCCUCAACAAGCGCUUCAAAGUAGCAUCUACAACCGAGGUUCACUCGACCCCUACUUACUCUGAAAGCUGAACGGUAGCUUUAAAUAGUAAGGUUGGAUUUUUUUUUUCUUCUAUUCCCAUGUGACCUGAAUGCAGCACUAGCUACUGUCAGUUCUUAGCCAAGCCUUGCCCUACUUUUGGAAAGUGCCUGUGAGUUGCCGUUUUUAACGUGUUGAAGAAAAGGUCUCGAUUUUUUUUUUCUGCUAACAGUGACAAAUCAAGUCUUUGCAAAUUGUGCUCAUGAAAAAAUAAAAAUAAAAAAACAAACGGCGGUAUUUCAUUUGUUGUAACGGUGGUCGUUGAUAUGGGCAGAGACUGUGUUAUUCCUUCAGUGCCGUCACUAUAGGCAAACUGUUAAAUGUCAAUAUUAUCUAUAUUGCAAUAGCUUGUACUGUAGUUUUACUAUUUGAAUGCUGUGUAUGUUGAGUGUUGUGAAAUAUACGUCAGAUGUGUGUAUGUGCAUUUCUUUUAUCAGUAUGAGAUCACCGUACAUUUCAUUUUCAUGUUUAAAACUUGAAAUUAUAUUUCAUAAUCCCUGAAAACAACUGUGCAUUAUUUAACUUUACUUUUUUCUUUUGUAAUCACUGCUGUUGCUAUCAAACCUUAUAUGACCAAAAACAAAAUGACCUUUCGAUCAGCAUUUCAAAAGCUCUUAAAGGAUAA